ACUGUCACUACAGCCCUGCCUAGCUGAUUAUAUCCAGUUCCCUGCUCUUGGGUCAUGGAUACCAUGGAUGGGACACCUGACUGAGCCAGGCAAGAAGGAGAACUCAAGGGACGAGGAGUUUAAGGUCUGGAGCUGUGUCACAAGAGAAGGAGAAAUGAAGGGAAGAAAGAAGGGACGUUCCUCACCUUCACCCUUUAUCCUGCUGCUCUUCUGUAUCGCCGAGCACGCAACUGCUGAGCUGGAUGGCAGCAAAGAAGAGCAUGUUGUGGGUGCCGGUUUGCCACCACUGAAGCUGGUGCACUCCUUCUGUGCCAUGAAAGCAGACGAAGGCCCGUGCAAAGCCAUCCACAUCCGAUAUUUCUUCAGCAUCAAGAGCCGCAAGUGCGAGGUGUUUGAGUAUGGUGGAUGCCAUGGCAAUGAGAACAACUUCCUGACGCUGGAGGAAUGCCAGGAGAAGUGUGUGCCAAAAGAAUUUCCUCAGAAGAUGGCAUUAGCAAAAAAUAAGAAAGCAUUGUUUCUAGGACAGCCUGACUUCUGCUUCCACGCCCAAGAGCCCGGGGUCUGCCGAGGGUAUUUUACCAGGUACUUCUACAACAAAGAGACAAAAUUGUGCGAGGCAUUCAAGUAUGGUGGGUGCCUAGGAAACCAGAACAACUUCAGGAGUUUGGAGGAGUGCCAGAAUACCUGCCAAGACAACUCUGUUACAGCUGAAGAGCAUCCCAGCACUGUGAACAGCAGUUCCCCAGCAGAAGAGCAUCCCAGCACUGUGAACAGCAGUUCCCCAGCAGAAGAGCAUCCCAGCACUGUGAACAGCAGUUCCCCAGCAGAAGCACCCAGCCAGACUCCUGGGAUUUUUGGUAAUGCACUGCCAGCUGCUCCAAACGAGAAGUCCAACACCCUGAACAGUAGUUCCCCAAAGGAGGAGGAGCCCAACCAGUUCCCCAUCUUUUUUGUUGUGCAAGAGGAAGCAACAAACAGUUGGAAAGAGCCUGAGCAUUCUCACCAAGUAUUUAUGUUGGUUUUUUUGCUUUUGCACUUGCUUGCACUUCUGAGGACUGAGUGAUGACUCGCUAAGGUUUUUGCAUUUCAUAUGUUCUGUAGAUAACAGGUGUGUAGGUGGCAUUCCUGUGCUCUUUGCUUAGAAUGGAGUGCCCAAUAAAGCAUGAGUGUGUGUUGUACCCUGUUUUUUGCCUGCACUGUAAUCUUCAAGCACUGCUGAUUUGAUGUAAGUUUCUGUUCAGUUGUGUUGUCUACCACAUGCAAAGCAUCAAUGCACUCUGUAAUUUAAAUGAAUGCAUAUAAAACAGUAAAGCUUUUGGCAGCCUAUUUUACUGAAAACGAUGUGAAUUACAUCAGGUCUGGUAAUAAGUCUAGGGGCAUUAAGGGGCAAGCACAUUCCCUGAAGGUUUUUAGUCAUAGUAUGAAUAAUCCUCCAAACAGCUAACCUAUACCAGGAAAGGAGCAUGCUUCACUAUGUUUUCUCAGAGGAAAUUGAAGGGGUUUUGAUUGUGUCAGCAACAGGGAAUUUUCCUGCGCAGCAGACUUUGAGGGUAAGAGAAAGAGAACUAAAGAUUGAUGGAACAAAGAGUCAGUGUAGCAGAUGGGUUGGGUGAGAAGCACACCAUGGAAGGACCAGAGAAUUUCAGUGCCAAGUCUGAAGACCCAACAGAUUCUUCCUAAUUGUGUGACCUUUGUCUUGCCCUUGUCUGCCUCAUGCAGCCUCCUGUUCCUGCUCUGUUUAUCAGCUUGUACCCUUCAGGCUGCUGGAAUGGGCUAAAAUCAGGUGAUUUUGGCAAUCCCACUAGAGGGGAAGGCCAAAGCUGACAGCUGAUUUCUCCGCAGUGGCAUGGAGAACAUUGUCUCCAUUGCUGCUCUUUCUGGAGGUGCAGCUGUAAAGUGAAGCUCCAAGGCAGAGACCGGUCACACAAACGUGCAGGGUAAUUGUAGCUUUCUGUGAGGGACAGGAAUUUGACUUCACAUAUGAGGUGAGGAUCAGGGUGAACUGUUUGGGAUGGAGUGGCUGAUGUCCAUCUCCUCAAGCACAGGCAAAUUAAUCUGCCAUUGUAAUAUCUAUUUGCUAUCUAUAUUGGCCUGGCUAUAUGUCUUUUUCAAAGACCUUUUAAAAAAUGAAAUGUAAUUUAGUUAAUUUACACUAAAAAAAAAAUACAAGGAGUUGUCUCUUAUAAAAUACCUCACCUUACAACUGACAUGCUAUUUCAUCUUGAUUUUAAGAAAAAAAAGUUUUUUUGGUAUGUGUAACUCUGUAAUAAUAUCAGGCUUUUAGACUUAGAAUAUAGUUGUUGAUCUUCAGAAGAUUAAACUGUUCUAUGGCCAAAUAAAGCAAACCAUGGAUACAGACAUGAAGUUUCUAGCACUCUUAGCAAAGAACUUUCUGCAGAGAUUGAAGAGACUGGCCUCACUCUGCUGAAACAUCUAUAAUAACUUUUUCUCUCUGCAAACUAAGAGAGAGUGAGGCUAAGAAUCGUGAUCUAUGGUAGAAAAUUGCAAGCACUAUACCUACAUUUGAUUUGGGAGAUUUGAGUGGGAGACAGGAUCAGAAGUCAAUUUUCAGCUCAGCGAAUUUGGAAUAGCACAAGGAUGCAGGUCCUGUGAGUACAGAGUCAGGGUCAUCUUUUGCUGAUAUAAAUUGGCACAGUUCUAUUUGCUUUAAUGGAUCUGCACCAAUUUAUACCUGUGGAUUACUGUCAAGUGCAGAUGACUCAUUAUUUUUGUAAUAGCCUGUCCACUUGAAGAUUCUUUUAUUUUCGCUUUUCUGUAGCCAGAAAUGAGGAGCUGAAGUCUGCAGGUAUUGAAAAUCUGGCAAUAAAUCUGAAGCUUCAUGAAUGUCACACACUUGUGUCUGGGGAGAAAUAGUGCUCACUGCAUUCCCUUUCCUCCCAAGAUAAUUUCAAACUUGUUUUCCAGUGUGAAUAAUUAGCAGUCUGUUGUCACACAAGCCCUGCAAAGCCUGAGGGAUAAGGAUUAUUGUUGCAAUGCAGAGUUGGGGUUCUUUCUGAUAAAUGUGAGUCUGUAUCUGGAUGUGCAUUUUCCAGAGAUUCUGAGUUUAUGAUUAAUCUCUGAUUUUUCAGAGAUUAUGAUCAUGUCAUCUGUUUAUACCUCAGAGGGAUGGGAUUCAAUAAAGGGCUGUAUGGUAGAAACUGAAUCUUAAACCA